AUCCCUUGAUAGUUUGCCAGUGGCUAUUGCUCGCCACUCGCUAAUUGGCCGGGAACGUCAACAUACCAACGUCUUCCAUGCGUCCGUGUACCGGUCAAGCGCUCGAAGCUCCGCCCACAAAUGUUGUCACACUCCAGCUGUCAUAAGAGCAGCACGCAGCCAUUGUGACAGCCAGAUGUCAUGUGGUGUGCACGUCUGCAGCAGGGGCUCAGGUCCUCAUCUCGCUGUGCCGCCAGCAGACAGCGGGCGGGACUCCUCUUUGAUGUGGAUGGCGUUCUGGUCCGUGGAGGUUCUCUCAUCCCCGCAGCGAGACGGGCCUUCAGGAAACUUCUGGACCAGAACAACAACUUCCUGUUUCCCGUAGUGUUCGUCACCAAUGCAGGAAGCUGUCAGAGACAACACAAGGCGCAUCAGCUGUCUCGCCUGCUGGACGUUCAGAUUGCCCCAGAACAGGUAGUUCUGUCCUACAGUCCCUUGGAAAUGUUGAGGAGCUUCCAUGAUAAAUGUGUCCUGGUCUCGGGACAAGGACCUGUUGUAGACAUCGCCAGCACUUUGGGUUUCAAGAAGGUCAUCAGCAUUGAGCAGCUUAGAGAACAUCACCCCCUGUUGGACAUGGUGGACCACAACCGGAGACCCACACCCUCCGCCACUCCUCUGCAGAAGUUCCCUCAAAUUGAAGCCGUGGUCCUGUUUGGCGAGCCGGUCCGAUGGGAGACCAACCUGCAGCUGCUAGUGGACGUCCUUCUGACCAAUGGAAGUCCUGGUUUCGCUUACAAGACACAGCUGUCGACCCAGCUGCCGGUGCUUGCAUGUAACAUGGACCUGGUGUGGAUGGCUGAGGCGCCAUCUCCACGGUUCGGUCACGGAAUGUUCAUGCUGUGUCUGGAGUCUGUCUACAAAAAGCUGACGGGACGAGAGCUGCAGUACCAGGCGCUUCUGGGUAAACCCGGUCUGCUAACAUAUCAGUACGCCGAGCACGUACUGAGACUGCAAAACCAGAACCACAAACUGGCCACCAUUUACGCCAUUGGUGACAACCUAAUGACAGACGUUUACGGCGCCAACCUUUACAAUCGGUGCCUUGCUCAGCAGCACGCGGCCAUGAUGCCUCCCGCCAGGAUGUUUGCUCAGAGCACAGGAAGUCAGGUGACGACGGCCGUGGAGGAGGACCUAGCGCUCGCGGCUGCUCAGUGUCGCUCCAUACUAGUGUGCACAGGUGUCUAUAGCCCAGCUCGGUCGUCUGCGCCCGGCCAGGAAAGGUACGAUGAUGGCCAGUCCAACUUUUACGGUCACAGGGACACCGUUAUGGAAGCGGACCUAAUGGAGCCGAGCUUCGUGGUGGAAGAUGUGGAAGCUGCCGUCGACCUGGUGCUCCAGCAGCAGAGCUCUGCAACGUUUGACCUAUAAUCAUUCAACCUCCUGACCUCAUAUCCUAUUUUGGACUUUUUAUACUAAUUUCACUUAUUUUUGAGAAAACAUUUUAGAAAUUAACAGUGUCACUAAUCAACUAGUUUGUGUUAAUUAGUUGACUUAUUUGAAGUCUUUAUUUAUGUCAGCUAUAAAAACUUAACGUUUACAAGCCGAAUAGCUCUCAUUGUAAUAAAUUAAUGAAAAUAUGUAAAUGUACUCUACUAUCUGUCUGGAAAUGCAAAUAUAAAUGAAUCAUGCAAAAUACUUGGUGCAUUUUAUAUUUCAGUAUAUCUCAAUAAA